ACGCGCGAAACAGAGUCGUGUGUGCUGGAUUCAUCUCAUCUCAUACAAAUUAAAAGUAUUUUCAUUUUUAUACUUCUUCUCUUUCUACAAGUACAACCUCUUCUUCUUCCUGAUUCAUUCAUUCUGUAGUUGAAACUUGAAACAACUCGCUCAGUAACAGUGUUGACUUCAUGGAAUCGAUGUCAUCUUCAUCAUCAUCCUUCAAUUUGAUUUCUCAACAAUGGAUCUACGACGUGUUCAUAAAUUUCAGAGGGGAAGACACGCGAAAGAGCCUGGUUUCUCAUCUAUAUGCUGCUCUCUCAAACGCGGGAAUCAACACUUUUCUUGAUGAUGAAAAGCUUAAAAAGGGAUGGGAAGUAGAACCAGAACUAUUGCGAGCUAUACAAGGGUCUCAAAUAUGUUUAGUUAUUUUCUCAGAACACUACACAGAAUCUAGUUGGUGUCUUGUUGAACUCGUGAAAAUCAUGGAACACCGCAAAACUAAUAAUAACAGUCCAGUGGUUAUCCCCAUAUUUUACCAUGUUGACCCUUCUGUUGUUCGUCGCCAGGUGGGUGAUUUUGGAAAAGCUUUAGAAGCUAUUACCAAAAGAAUUCACCCACCAAAAGAGAGGCAAGAACUUUUGCGGACAUGGAAGCGUGCUCUUACCCAAGCUGCAAAUAUUUCCGGAUGGGAUUCCAGCAUUUUCAGGAGUGAAAGUGAACUAGUGAAUAAAAUUGUUGAUGAAGUUUUGAGAAAGCUGGAAAACACAUUCUUGCCUACAACAGAAUUCCCAGUUGGACUAGAGUCCCGUGUGGACCAAGUGAUGUUGUCGAUUGAAAAUCAAUCAAGCAAAGUGUCUGCGGUAGGGAUUUGGGGAAUGGGCGGGUUGGGUAAAACUACCACAGCCAAAGGCAUCUACAAUAAAAUUCAUCGCAAAUUUGUGCAUAGAAGUUUCAUUGAGAAUAUUAGACAAACAUGCGAAUCAGAUAAAGGGUAUAUUCGUUUGCAACAACAACUUCUGUCAGAUCUCUUCAAAACAAAGGAGAAGAUACACAACAUUGCAUCAGGGACAAUUACAAUCAACAAAAGGCUCUCUGCAAAAAAGGUGCUCAUUGUACUUGAUGAUGUGACCAAAGUUCAGCAGGUAAAAGCACUAUGUGGAAAUUAUAAAUGUUUAGGUUUGGGAAGUGUACUAAUUGUUACAACCAGAGAUGCACACGUGCUUAGGUCACUUGAAGUUGACUGUGUCUGUACAGCGAAAGAAAUGGAUGAAAAUGAGUCCCUUGAGCUUUUCAGUUGGCAUGCUUUUAGAAACGCAACUCCAAGAGCAAACUUCAGUGAUCUCUCAAAAAAUGUAGUUAAUUACUGUGGAGGAUUACCCUUGGCUGUUGAAGUCCUCGGAUCUUACUUAUUUGAAAGGACAAAAGAAGAAUGGAAAAGUGUGCUAUCAAAGUUAGAAAAAAUUCCCCAUGAAGAAGUGCAAGAGAAAUUGAAAAUAAGCUAUGAUGGUUUGACAGAUGACACAAAGAAGGCUAUAUUUCUUGAUGUAUGUUGUUUCUUUAUCGGCAAGGACAGAGACUAUGUUACCGAGAUACUAAACGGUUGUGGACUUUUUGCUGGUAUAGGAAUAGCUGUCCUCAUAGAGAGGAGCCUUUUAAAAGUUGAAAAGAAUAACAAGCUUGGAAUGCAUGAUUUAAUAAGAGACAUGGGAAGAGAAAUUGUUCGUGGAAGUUCAACAAACGAUCCAGGGGAGCGUAGUCGGUUGUGGCUUCACGAGGAUGCACAUAGUGUUUUGACAAAGAAUACGGGAACACAAAAAGUUGAGGGAUUGAUUUUGAACUUGCAAAGUAAAGGCAGAGAUAGCUUCAGUACCAAUGUUUUCCAACAGAUGCAGAACAUGAGACUUUUGCAACUUGAUUGUGUUGACCUCACCGGAGAAUUUGCACAUCUUUCCAAACAGCUGAGAUGGGUCAAUUGGCAACGAUCUACCUUCAACUGUAUACCGAAAGACUUUUAUCAAGGAAAUCUAGUUGUUUUAGAAUUAAAAUUUAGCAAUGUUAAACAAGUUUGGAAGGAAACCAAGUUGUUGGACAAGCUAAAAAUACUCAAUCUCAGUCAUUCCAAGUACUUGAAAAGUACCCCUGACUUUUCAAAAUUACCGAAUCUAGAAAAGCUCAUUAUGAAGGAUUGUCCAAGUUUGUCCGAGAUACACCCGUCCAUUGGAGUUCUCAAGAAGCUUCUUCUGAUAAAUUUGAAGGACUGUACAAGUCUUGGCAAUCUACCAAGGGAGAUCUAUCAGCUGAUAUCUGUGAAAACUCUCAUUCUUUUUGGUUGUUCAAAGAUUGACAAAUUGGAGGAAGAUAUAGUGCAAAUGAAAUCCUUGACAACUCUAGUUGCAGCAAAUACUGGCGUCAAACAAGCACCCUUUUCCAUUGUUAGAUCAAAAAGCAUUGUGUAUAUAUCCCUAUGCGGAUAUGAAGGAUUAUCACGUGAUAUUUUUCCUUCUCUCAUUUGGUCUUGGAUGUCACCAACAAUGAAUCCCUUGCCAUAUAUUCCCCUCACAUCCUUGGAUGUAGAGAGUAAUAAUUUGGUUUUGGGUUAUCAAUCAUCAAUGCGCAGUAGUUGUUCAGAACAUAGAAGCGUUAGGGUAGAAUGCCAAUCAGUGAUUCAACUAAUUCAAAAAUUAACAAGUUUUCUUGAUGGUCUAUAUGGUGCAAAUCUUACUGAAUCGGAAACAUCACAUGCAUCAAAAAUCUCGGAUAUUUCCUUGAAAUCUCUUUUGAUUACAAUGGGAAGUUGCCACAUAGUCGUCGAUACUCUUGGCAAGAGCUUAUCACAGGGAUUGACAACCAAUGAUUCUAGUGAUUCUUUCCUUCCGGGCGACAAUUAUCCUUCUUGGUUAGCCUAUACAAAUGAAGGACCUUCAGUACGGUUUGAAGUGCCCGAGGAUUGUGAUGGUUGCUUGAAGGGAAUAACUUUAUAUGUUGUUUAUUCAUCGACACCUGAAAACAUGGAAACUGAAUGUCUCACUGGUGUUUUGAUCAUUAAUUACACAAAAUGCACGUUUCAUAUAUACAAGCGAGACACAGUAAUGUCCUUUAACGAUGAAGAUUGGCAGAGUGUAAUAUCAAAUUUAGCAGUUGGGGACAGUGUGGGGAUUUUUGUAGCUUUUGGGCAUGGAUUGACUGUUAAGAAGACAGUUGUCUAUCUAACAUAUGCCGAGUCAAGUGCUAUGCAAAUUGAGCCAUCAAUUACUGUGGAAGUUAAACCAUCUAGUGAAGUGCAAAUGGAGCCAUUACCUGAACCGGAAAUGCAACCAUCAUCUAAUGUGAAAACGGAGCCAUCACUAGAAGAAGUGCAGCCAUCGGCUGAUAUGAAGAUGGAACCAUUACCUGAACUGGAAGUGAAACCAUCGUCUAAUGUGAAAAGGGAGGCAUCACCUGAUGUGAAGAUGGAGCCAUUACCUGAACUGGAAGUGCAACCAUCAUCUAAUGUGAAAAGGGAGUCAUUACUUGAAGAUGAAGUGCAACCAUCACUUGAUGUGAAGAUGGAACCAUCACCUAUCAUCAACAAUGGGCCAUUACCUAAGAGAAAUACAAAAAUAUUUGUAAGAUUUUCAAAGAAAUUGGGAGAAUGUUUAUGCUUGAAUCGGAAUAGAGAUCUCAAUAAUUUUUAAUUGUGCACUCCUUUGUCCAAAUUUUGAAUUUCCUUGUAUAUGUUUUGUAAUAUUUUUGUGGGAAGGAAAAAUCCAUAUGAAUGCACUAACUGUGAAUGAAGUGGUCAUUGGUCAUAAGCAUUGGGCAUA